AUGCAGGAUGUGUUCCGUGAUCAGUUCUAUAGGACAGAACCAGAAGUCUCUAUGUCCGACCUAUCUAGGAUCCAUCAGUUGCCAAAUGAGGAUGUUGAGACAUUUUUGGCUAGGUUUAAGAAGGCACGAAAUAGGUGCCAACUUACUUUGCCUGAAGAAGAAUUUGUCAACUUGGCCCUUAGCGGUUUAGACUUUGAAUUACGAAAGAAGUUCGAGGUAUAUGAUGACCUAGAGGUCGAUGCUGUUGAAAUUGUUUCAAAAAAACCAUAUGUAUGUAAAGCUUUAGCUAAGCCCUUAGAGACUGUUAGCGGUGUUCAACCCUCAUCAUCUUCAGCCAAAAGGAAUAUCUUUAAGGCUGGCAAACAAUAUGUUUUCGAUAUAAGUAAAGCAGAGCAAAUCUUUGACCACCUGUUGUCUAAUAAAAUUAUCAAAGUCACUGGGGUACAUAAAAUACCUUCAGCUGAUGAAAUCAAGGGUCGAGAGUAUUGCAAAUAUCAUAACUCCUGGAAUCAUGCAACUAAUAAUUGUGUUGUCUUUCGUAAUGUGAUUCAGGCACAGAUCGAGAAGGGGGCAUGGAAGUUCCCGGAGAAGAAGAAAGAGGUGAUGAGCGUUGACAGUGAUCCAUUCCCAGCCUUGGUCAGCAGUAACAUGGUCGAAAUCUGA